CAUGUCCCGUGACCUCGGUGUUGUUGAUUGGGCAGCUGACAAGUCCUUCCCAGCCUGUUUCUAGCCGUCAGGGUAGGUUGUGGCGGCUCCGAGGGCUGGAGGAGCGGAAAUCCCGGGUACGGCCAGCUAGGGUGGGGAAGAGAUUGGUGUCCGCCCUCCUCCAGUAUUCUCGGCUGGAUGCUCGGCGCCCUGUGACCAGGCUCCGGAUUCGGGCCAGUGAGCGAACGUCUCCCCCCCGGGAGGGAGAGGCCCCCGGUGCGGGCCACAGUGCCGGGGGGAAGGGAUGACUCUGGACUCCAUGAUGGCCUGCUGUCUGAGUGAGGAGGUGAAGGAGUCAAAAAGGAUCAAUGCCGAGAUCGAGAAGCAGCUGAAGAAGGACAAGAAGGACUCCAGGCGGGAGCUGAAGCUGUUACUGCUAGGUACAGGAGAAAGUGGGAAGAGCACAUUCAUUAAACAGAUGCGAAUAAUCCAUGGUACUGGCUAUUCAGAAGAAGACAAAAAGGGCUUUACCAAGCUUGUUUUUCAGAAUAUCUUUACUGCAAUGCAAUCUAUGAUCCGUGCCAUGGAAACAUUAAAAAUUCUUUACAAAUAUGAGCAGAACAAGGCUAAUGCACUCGUUGUGAGAGAAGUUGAUGUGGAAAAAGUGUGUACAUUUGAACAGCCAUAUAUUAGUGCAAUCAAAACCUUGUGGAAUGACCCAGGUAUCCAAGAAUGCUAUGAUAGGCGUCGGGAAUACCAGCUGUCAGACUCUGCCAAAUAUUACUUGUCUGACGUGGAACGUAUUUCCAAGCCUGGGUACCUGCCCACACAGCAAGAUGUAUUGCGUGUCAGAGUGCCAACAACUGGUAUUAUAGAGUACCCCUUUGACUUGGAAAACAUCAUCUUUAGAAUGGUUGAUGUAGGAGGUCAAAGAUCUGAGCGGAGGAAGUGGAUACACUGCUUUGAGAAUGUUACAUCCAUAAUGUUCCUAGUUGCCCUUAGUGAAUAUGACCAGGUUCUUGUGGAGUCUGAUAAUGAGAACCGGAUGGAGGAGAGCAAGGCUCUUUUUAGAACGAUUAUCACAUAUCCCUGGUUCCAGAAUUCUUCAGUAAUCUUGUUCCUCAAUAAGAAGGACCUUCUUGAAGACAAGAUCAUGUACUCUCACCUUGUAGAUUACUUUCCUGAGUUUGAUGGCUCAAUCUGUGUCAGCUGCCUGCAAGUGCUUUUACAUGUAUUCAUAGUUCGGAGUGCAUGCAGAGCCUGAUGACAUCCUCCAGGUUUUCUGUGACUUUUUGUAACUGAUGUUUACCCAUAGGCUUCUAUAUUUUUGACACUAAUAUGCAGAUGUUCAGAAUCUGUCUUCGCUACAUGAUAAUUAGUUAUCAGAAGGAAGUCAGCAGUGGUAGCCUGAGUAUUUUUUUGCAUUACAGGUUUAUUUUAGGGUAGGUAUGUCAGACUGGUAUGUUUGGGACCUCGUACGACCCUGAGUAUUUUAAGAUUGAAGAUAGCUUCACUUUUAUUGAAGUUGCCCUCAGGGAUGGGGGUUACCAAAGUAGAAGAUGUCCUUCAAAUUGCAAGAAGCCCUAGUUGCUGUCCAGCUAAUUACUGCAACAGCUUAAGUAAUUUUUAUGUGCAAAAUAACUCCAUUUUACAAUGUAAUGUUUCUAGAACAAAACAGGUGUGGCUUUCUGCAGACAAAUUUUGAUCCCUUGCAUGGUCCACCAGUUUUGAGUUUGACAUGCCUGUUUUAAUAUCUAAGGCAGUAUUUAAAGCUAAAUAAUAAUAACUAACUAUAAAUUGUCUGUUUCCUUUUGAGGGGAUAUUCUUCUGUAUAUUUCCUGUGACUUCAUCAUAGGUCCCCUCGGAGUAUCCAAGUAAAAUUAGCUAGUAAUGUAAUGGUGCCAGACAGAGACUGGCCACACUCUCCCCCAUCACUAAAUAGUAAAUUAUAUAAGUGUUACACAUUUAGUUAACAGACCAAGCAUGAACAUAAUUUUUUUUUUUUUUUUUAGAAACUGAAGUUUUACUGCUACCAUUAAGAUCUCUGUUGCUGAUUGGGGCUCAGGGAAGCAAGCAGCAAGAGGUACAGCAGAGCAGAUACCAAGUCUACUCCACUAAAACCUCACACACACUGUACCCAGAGCUCCCAGGCAGCUGAUCAGUAGAUCUAAUUACAGGGGGAUGGAGAGAGAGAGAGACAUCAGAGCAGACAUCAAGUCUACUCUACUACAGCAUUUUACUUUGCUGUCAGUGUCAUGAGCUCCUAGCCAGGAGGUGCAGGAUGUUGAUCAGUGGGUUUAUACUUCAGGGUAGAAGAAGUACUGCACUAGAGGCAGAUAGAAGGUCUGCUACAUUGAAGCCUUAUACUCAGCGAUCAUAGACAGGAGUUGCGGAAUACUGAUCCGUGGAUUAAACUUCAGGGUGCAGAGGCACCUCAGACAGCAAGACUUACACCAUUGUGCGUUUUCUUCUACUCAAGUGUUGCAGGACACUGAUCAGUGGAUGAAGGCUCAGGGACAGAGCAAGACAGAGAGGCAUAGUAAAGUGCAUCAGCAGCUAGCAUCUUCCUGCUUCUAUUAUGACAUCUGAGCUGCUUAGAAUUGCUGGGGGGGCAGUGAGGAGACCAGUCACCCAGCACAUAGAUGGCACACUGUGGUUACUGGUCUCCACAACAGGAAAUGGUAGCCAGCAGCUAGCCUGAAGACAAGUUUUGAAAAUAGCUUGUUUUCCAGAGAAUGGGGCUUACUGAUUGAACAUAAAUUAUCUGAAGGUAAGCUUGCUGCUACACUAUUGAAUGUUAUUUAUGCUUUAGGGAAUUUGUGAAAUUGAGCUUUUUUAUAAAAAAAAAAGGCAACUAAUAGGUCAUUGUUCAAGCUGUGUCUACAUAUAAGGUGAUAUACUUGCACAUAAUUUUCAUUCUCAUAAUCAAAAUGAACAAAACUUCAGAUUUGUCACGUGGAAAAAGUAAUCACACUAGCGGACACCUGUGCUAGCAUCUAAUUCGGUCAGCUAAAAACAGACAGAUGGGGAUCCGUUCCCCAUCUAUCCAGCAGGUUGGAUGACAGUCGGAUGGAAACAGACAAGUAGUCAGUUUCCAUCCGAACGUCCCAUAUAGAAGCAUGGGGAUCACAGGACGGAUCCCUCCCUGAGCAGGUGGAUGUGCUUGGCAGAGUCCGGCUCAUCUGCAAGGGGCCUUAGGGAGUGUGCACGUGGGACAUGUCUAAUUUAAACCACAGAUAUCUAAAGUCUGGUGUUUUCUUUACUAUUGAUGUGUGGUGUGUUCUUUCUGCCAAUAUCAAUGGAGUUCUCUGAGGCGCUCAGAAGCUGUUGGGUGCCUGGAUGUAUCGCAAGGGAUUUAAAAAGAUCACAGAGUUAAUUAAAAUCAAUCCAUCCACUAUAAGGGAAAAUGUAUCUACAAAUGAGGGAGAUUUGUCCUGGACUGACUGGCCUAGCAAAUUCAGACCAAGAGCUGUCUGAUGCUAAAAUAAAUCUUCCAGAUCUGCAGGUAACUUUUAACAGUUGUUGUCAAACUGCAUGCAUCUACAUUUAGAGAUGGCAUAAUUUUAUCCUACAUGGGAAGUGUGCCAGGAAAAAGUCAUUGUGGUUCAAAAAGGAACAUUGGAGCAAGAUUAUAGUUUGCCAAUGAACAUAUAGGCCUUCUAGCACAAUGUGCUAUGGCUUAAUGAAUCCAGGAUAGAGCUGUUUGGCAAAAGGAACAAUUGACAUGUUUGACUCAAACCAAAGACAGUAUUUCAGAAGAAGAACCUCAUACAGACUAUGAAGCAUUGUGGUAUAAACGUUAUGGGUUGGGGUUACAGCCUUGGCAGCGUGCAGCCAUUGAAUCAACUAUGCGUUCUGUAUCAUAUUAAAGUGUAAGCGUGUGAGGCUAUCUGCCACAAGUUGAAAUAGAUUUUGCAUCACAAUAAUGAUCUUAAGCACACAGAAUGGCCUAGUCAAAUCCUUAUUGGAUUGGAAUGUUGGGGGGGGGGGGGGGGGAAUGGGCAGUUAUGCAAGGAAACCCUCAAACAUCUUGCAACUGAAGGAAUUUUGUAUGGAGAGGUGGUCAGAAAUUUUAGAGUUGAUUCGAGAUCAAUGCAAAACAUCUACAAGGAGUCAUUUCUGGUAAAGGGACAAUACCAGUUUCUGAGACCAAAGUACUUACGUUUUGCACAACACGGAUGCAUCUGUUGAUAUUUUAUAAUGGAAAAGACAUUUUUUACUUUGUGUUAGGGUGUUUUCAUACUGAUGUGGUUCAGUUUUCCUGCAGCUUGGUGUACUUUUUCAUGCUGGUUACCUGCUCUUUACAUAGACUUCUAUUAGAUCAGGCGACAGGCGGCUUUGAUGUGUUUUCUGAAAGCGCACCAAAAGUCCUGCGUGCAGAACCGCCCAAUGUUAUAGAAGCCUAUGGCAAAGCAUAGGUUACUUGCAGAAAAACCACAGGUACACUGUGCUGCACCCACGCUGUAGAAAAACGCACAGCAUCAGCAUGAAAGCCCCCUUAUUUUUAAGCAUAAAACCUUUUAUAUGCAGGCAGUAUUUAAAUAAAGAUAUAAUGUUUGGGAAUUUAAAUAUGUUGGAAAAUCAGCAAUUUCCAUGGGGUAUACUUUUCGCAUGACUGUAAUUGUGCCAUUUUCAUACCAGCAAUAAGGUAAAGUAUUUGUAACUUUCAUAAUCACCGGUAGAUUCCAGAGCUUCAUGCAUUGCCAUUUAUAGUCAUUUCGAUUUCACCCUCAGGAUUUCAAUUGUGCAUCAGAAAUCUUGUUAAGACAUGAAGCUGUUGUAGUUUACGACCCCCCUUCCUUAUUUGUAUAGAUUUAAUAGUUAUACACAGCCAAUACCUUUAUGCUGCUUUUUGUAGUUUCUCUGUGUUUUUUUGCAUUGCAAAACUGGAACUGGCACGCCUACAUUGGUCCCAUUCCAGUGGGUGUAAAGUUUGCUAAACACACACACUUUUCUGAGAACGAGAAGCGCAGAGAUACCUUCUUGUGCUCAUUUGCAAUGUUCGGUUCCACUAAACCCCUUCUUCUCAAUUCAGCCUACCACAGUAUACAUUUUCAAAGAAAGGGGAACAGUCCUUAAAUGAUCAAAUUUGCAAUAAUAGUUACUGGAUAUGCUCACAGACUUACAGAUUAAGUACUAAGGGCCAGAUUCACAGAAGACGUACGCCGGCGUAU